AUGGCCCUACAACUCAUUCAUCCAAAUACCAUCACAACUCGAUCAAGUUUGCUGAGGGAAUACAACAAACAUUUCAUUUCCAUUAUUCAAGAUUUGAAAGAGGAAGAAGAAGCAAUUGAGAGUAAGGAACAGCAAGCAGAACAACAACAACAUUCAAUGGAUGAAGUUUCCAUGAUUAGAUUCGAUUCAAAUCUUUUCAAAAGUUUAACUCAAUUAUUGGAGCAAUACCUCAAUAGAUUGUACUGGAUUGAAUUUCCAAAGAAUGAUCAAUGUGCUUCUUAUCAGACUGUUUCUAAAUGGAUUCAAGAGCAUUUACAAACCAUGAUAGAGAAUCAGUAUGGUGAUUUUCAUCCACUUCCACAUUUACUUGUCAAUAAUUACAAAUGUUUGCUAGAAGUUCAGAGUAAUAGUUGUUAUCAGACAAUGAGAGAUUGGAUGACACUCAAGAUUAAAGAGUUUAUCAAUACGAAUACACCAAAUGGAAAUGUUUCUGCUUUACAUGUUGCUGUUGCAAAGGGACAAGUUGAUUUAGUUUAUUGGUUAUUGUAUAGAUUGAGAUGCAAUGUUGAUGGAUUUGGUUCACCAGGAAAUCGAACACCAUUAUUCAUUGCUUGUUUGAAAGGAAAAUGUCAAAUUGCAAGGAUUCUAUUGGAAUGUGGAGCUUGUAAAAAGAUUGAUUGUCUAUUCAGUGAUGAUGUAAUAAUGGUUUCAGAAUAUAGUGGAAUUGUCAGACAGAGAAUUAUGUUGAAUUCUGAACAGGCAGCUGAAAGAUUGCAGUUCACCAACCUGCACCAAAUGAUUAAGAACUUUGAUUUGGAAAGAUGUAUAAUAAUGAAGAAAUCUAAUCUCAAAUUCUUUAAACAUAUGAGGCAAAUGAAGGAACAACGAGGAUUUUCUGACGUUAUUUCUUCUCCCCAACACUAA